AUUUUGCUCCGCCGUUUCAAAGCGCCGGCCGUCAUUUGCCUCUCUUCUUCCACAAAAAUUUUUGAAUGGAAGCCGUACUCUUCCACGCAAUGACGGCGGCGUGCUCAGUUCCAUCUGUUCCGGGUCGGAAAAAAUUGACGGGUCAAUCAGUGAGUCCAAUACCCAUUCGGAUACUAACCGUGGGGAAGAAGAGGUCACCCGGAGUUCAACUGAUCGUAGACGAUUACCUGAAAAAAAUCCGACCCUAUUGCCCAAUUGACGACAUUCGGAUCAAAUCCAACCCCAAAAACGCUUCUGAUCAAAGGGUUCAGGUGGAGCACGAAGACACGGCUUCAAUGCGUCACGUCAAAUCGGAUGAUGAAUGGGUUGUUCUGUUAGACGAGCGUGGGUCAGAGCUCGAUUCUCUGCAAAUGGCUUCAAUGGUUGGGAAUGUGAUGAACAAUUCCGGAGCUCCGAGCAUGAUGUUUUGUAUUGGCGGGCCUUAUGGCCAUGGUAGACUUAUGCGACAAAGGGCUAACCAGUCCAUCAAAUUAUCGUCGUUGGUGUUGAAUCAUGAAGUUGCUUUGGUUGUGUUAAUGGAGCAGCUUUACAGGACGUGGACCAUUCUUAAAGGUCAAAAGUACCAUCACUAGAUUAGAUUAGAUAUUGAUGAUAAUGGUUUCCCUUCAGUUUUUUUUUCCCUCUUUUAGUUUAUAGUCUGUUUUGAUUGAUGCAGAGUAGAGGGAUGUUUUUUGGAUGCAGAUUACCUGUUUGAUUUGUGGCGUGUGCCUUCAAUAUGGAUAAAAUGUGCUGCAUAGAACCAAGAACCAGUCAGAAUUACCAGUGUUUGUUCCUCUUGAAAAGGAAUUUUAUCAAAUAGUUCCCGAGCCUCUUCUAAACAACCUUCUUAUCAAGGCGGCAAAAGACAGAGCAUCCAUGAUCCCUAGAAUAAUCUCUCAUUAAACACUAAUACUCUAGCCUAGGAUGCGAAGUUUACCUCUCCCUGCAUAUGUAGGAAUCGUCGAAGUAUGUGUAAAAGCAUCAAAUUCAAGCCCAGGUUAACGUACAUCCGUGAAUUGAUUUCGCAAAUGGGUUGGCAUUAGUUUCUCGCACAGCAAUUGAGAUAGUUUCCUGAUGAAAGUCGUUUGCAUAUACAAAUAAACAACUGAUUCUGGAUUCGAGCUUAACGCAUAUCAUCGAAGAUUUAAGAGGGCACUGGGCACAUGCGAAGGCCUCAACCACUUUGAUUUGGGUGUUGCGUAUACCAAAUUUCAUGAAGUUACAGUGGAUUUGUUAGAAAUAUAUACUCCAUACUUGAUUUUGGUUAGAAGAGGAAAAUAAGUUGAGUUUUGCGUUAGCUUAGAACAACGAGGAUCGAUGAUGUGAUUUCUUCACGAAUGAUUCUCAUGUUCGUUACAAUUAUUUUGUGACUGAGAUACUACUAACUAAAAAAAAAUCAGGAAGCAAACUUAAGAAAAAGAGGUAUAAGAUUUUAGUUUGGUUAACUUUUUGUCUCGAUCAUAUUGGUGGAGGUGCGAACUGCGGAGAAUUGAGGGAGAAUGAUAUGCCUUUCCGAUCAGAUUUUCUUUCAUUCAUGAACUGAACUUUUUUCUUUUUCUUCUUUUUUUUUUUUGAAAAUG